AUGUUUUCGGCCUGGUGGUUACUGCCAUUAUUACCGUCGCUUUAUGCGGAAGAGACAGAAAAUGACCCUGAAUAUAACGAUGGCAUCUCUCAAGCGGACGUUGCGAUGGUCAAAAACUUUUUGGAGACGAGUCCAUCGGAAUGGGAUCCCCUCGAUCAAGGUCAGUUCGCCCGCGGAUCAGUUGUUCCUGGAGAACCGGCAUUUGGUGAAGUCGUUCUUGUUGGAACAGGAAUUUUCGAAAACCCUGACAAUCCGGAUGGAAUCUACGGCUGCAAAGAAGAAGAUUAUGGGAGCAGCAACUUUACGGGGAAGGUAGCAUUUCUUUACAGAGGAAUCUGUAAAUUUGAAGAAAAAGUCACGCUUGCCGCCGAAGCUGGUGCAGAGGUCGUUGUCAUUGUUAACAACAAUCCUGAAGGUGUCAUUACAAUGUCCAUCGGAAAAGCAAAGGAAAAAAACGUCAUUUCAUUGAUGAUUACAAAUAAGAGUGGCUAUCAAAUUCUUCAAGAGUUGAAAGAAAAAGAAACAUACGAAAACGUCUUCUUGAAAAUAUCAAAAGGGACCCCGACUGUUGGGUUCGAAAAAAUCAUUGUCAUCGUGAUAUGCUUGGCAUUUUUGGUCUUGUUGACAAUAUCACUUGCCUGGGUUAUUUUCUAUUAUGUGCAGCGAUUUCGAGUCCUCCAUCAACAAUACCGGGACCAAAAGAAACAAGAGCAACUGAUGCGAAAAGCUCUCGAUGCUCUCAAAGUUGAAAUUCUGACGAGCAGUUCUGAAAUUGUCAAAAAUUCAGACGAAACAUGUUGUGCGAUUUGUAUAGACAACUUUGAGGCAAAGGACGUCGUUAGACACUUGACUUGUUGUCAUCUUUAUCACAAGAAAUGUAUCGAUCCAUGGCUGAUGGAAAAGGGCACGUGUCCCCAGUGCAAGGUUGAUAUACUCAAGCAGUUGGGCCUUCGGGACGCGGAAGAAGUUGCGCGCGGACCGUCAGAGGAAGAUAACACCGCAUUUUCCUCCGAAGAGCGUGAAACUGAUUGGCAGCAAGCAACUGCGCCGGAUGAGCGAGACCUCGAUUCUGGCGUUGAAGACGAGGACGAUCAUCAGCAAGAAAUUUACAUGAAAAACGAGUUGGAAGUAAGCCAUCCGUCAGCAAACUAUGAUGUCGCCCAGCAUCAGUCUGUAAUGCGUGCGCUAAGCGAACCCUUGCCACCAGUCAAUUGUACUACGUACGAGCGUACCAGAGGAAGACGAAGCUCGAUUGAGCCAGAUACAGUUUCCGAAAUCAACGAAGAAUCCUCCAAUACCGAGCUAUAA